GAGCCUCAACAUCCAUCCACCACACCCCUCAUCCAUCAGCUCUCCCACCGGGGGUUGCUUCCCUGCCCUCCCUCUCCACCUCCGCCCCUCAUCUCUACCCCUCGAUCAGUUCCGCAAAUAGUGGAAAAAGAGGCGGAUACCGCAAUGUUCCGUCCGCUGUCCUUAUGGAGCGGCAUACCUUGCCCGGCAAUAAAGUCUGGGUCAGCCUGUUCCCUACCACAUUGCUUCUUUUCGCAUGCGGUGGCACCCGCCCCUGCCAUCACCGCAAGUCUCCCGUCUCAGACACUCCCGAGCACUCAAUCACCGGCCGAUAAGGAACCUUCGCCGAGUCCCACACCGCGCCCUCCUGCGACGCCAUCUCCUGCCCCAGCUGCUAAGGACCCAAGGACUACCGCUUCAGCAAACAAUGGUGCACUGCCGCCUGCCGACAAGAAACGGAGGAUGGUCACGGGUGACGAGGAUAGCUACACCUCGUCUAGUAGCGAUGGCGGGGUUCCUCUUAAUGGGGACCCCGCGCCGCCGGCUGUCAAGAAGGCUAAAACUGAUGCCGAGCGCCCAGGCCCAUCAACAGCGGUCGCCCCGAAGCCCAAGUCAAUCCUGAAAACCCACGGGAAAGUAAAUGCGCGAGCAUCAUCGUCGACUUCUAAGCCGAGCACGCAAGCUAAAGACUUGCCCAGACCUAGAACUCAGCCGAAAGCUCGCACGGAGGACGCCGCUAAGAGCAUUCCAGUACCCCAGAGGGCCGGGGGAGCUUCGACUACCACUACCCCACAGCCUUUAGCUACCGGAUCGACGGCUUCCGGAGCGUCAAAGACUGAGAUAGUGAGACCUGCUGCUUCGGACAAGCCACUGUCGCUGAACCCCAGACUAGUAGCCAGGGCACCAGCUGGCCACGAUACCAGAUUACAGCUCCUGACGCUGUUACACAAGCAAUAUGUCCGCUUGUACGAGCACAAGGGAGAUGAGCAGUUGAUGCUGCGGUAUGCUCUGGAUGAGGAGGAGAAGAUUGCUAUCAAGAAGAAGCCGAUAUAUACCCAAGCGAUGACGAAGCGCAUUUAUAUGAUGUCCAAGAUGAGCCCAGAGCAGUAUAGGAAGUCUGUGGAGGAGGAAAAGGCGAAGCAGCAGAAGAAGAGUGAGGAUGAAAACAUGGCACCGGCACUUUCGACGGGAAAGACUAUACGCCAGGAGCUUAAUGCGUUGAGAUCUCUGAUAAAUUCACCAAGUCUGCUACAGACGUAUGGGUAUAUUCUCGACCCACCGACAGAAAAGGAGAUUAAGCUUUCGCUAGAUGGAUUGAAGUCUGCGGGGGGGUGGGAACAAUGCGAUCGCUGCACCACUAGGUUUCAAGUUUAUCAGGGACGUAGAGAGUCUGACGGGGAAUUGGCGAGUGGGGGGAAGUGUAUUUUUCAUUGGGGGAGAUUGAUAUUUUUACAGCGUAUCUCAGUCUCCAUCCUAAUCCAUGACAUAUACUAACUCCGCAUAGGGACUGGAUCAGCAUACCAGGACAAUGCUCGAGAAAAGGUCUAUUCCUGCUGUCGGCGCGUCGCCGGCAGCCCCGGGUGCACUACAGCCGAGAACCACGUUUUCAAGGUCAGCGAGGCUAAGCGUCUUGCUGCAUCGUGGCCCUUCAUCUGCACUCCAUCGCCUUCCAAUUCCACUACCGACAGUCCCACGGCCGAUACCCCGGAAUCCAAAGACUCCUCCCCCCCGCUAGUCGAAAAAGCCCUAUGCAUAGAUUGCGAAAUGUGCUACACAACCCGUGGCAUGGAACUAAUCCGCGUAACUGCAACUGCGUUCCCCACUGGUGCAAUCGUCAUGGACGCGCUCGUCCGCCCAUUCGGCGAAAUCUUGGACCUAAACACCCGCUUCUCUGGUGUUCGCCCACUCGAAUUCACAUCCGCCCAGUCCUUCACCCCUCAACCCUACCCUACCACUACGGCACUUAUGAGCCCCUGCUCCCACGCCCCCUCCGCGCCCCUAUGCAUCAUCCCGUCGCCAUCCGCAGCCCGCGACUUGCUGCUCACAUACAUCAGCUCUGAGACCCCGCUCAUCGGCCACGCACUCGAAAACGAUCUUAACGCCCUACGGCUAUGCCACAAGAACGUGAUCGACACGGCAAUACUAUUCCCGCAUAAUCGCGGUCUCCCGGCAAGGAACAAGUUGAAGUAUCUUGUGGACGUGCACUUGGGGAGAAGGAUCCAGGUGGAGGGUGCGGCGGACGGGCAUGAUAGUGCUGUUGACGCGAGGUGUGCUGGGGAAUUGGUGAGGUUCAAGAUCGGUGGAGGGGUGCCGGCGCGAUAAUUAUGGAGCGAUGAGGAGACGGAUGAAUCUGCUUGUACAAGCUCGGUGGGAAGCGGUCGGCGUUCGGGUUUUAUCACUUUCUUUUGUCCUUCUCCCUUGCUCUGGCUUUACUGCUGACUUCCACCCUUUCGUUUGUUUCUUUUUCUUCCUUUACCCGAGUGCGGAGAGAGCGGGGGAUUGUCAUCUGGAAUGUACACUGCAGUGAUUACCCACUAGAUAUCAUACCAUACCAAAGCUCUAUAGGCACGUAAGUAAGUAGUCCGCUUAAUCAAACUAUGCAUUUCACAUG